AAUGACAGGGUUACAUAAAUGGCAAGCUUAUGCGUGUUGCUUAUUUCCUGUUUCCAGUUGCAGGCAUUCACAGGAGCGGGAUUUCGUUAGAGAUCCGGGCUCACUGUACGACGAACACAACCGGACACUUAGCAGUUAAAAUGGGAACCAUCGCUAAAGUGCUGCUGGCGAGUAUCUGCGUAGUUUUCCUGGCUGUGAAGUGGAAGGCGCCCACCUUGGAUGCAGAAUCUCUCCGAGGGGCCAGGGUGUUGGUGACUGGGGCCAGUACAGGCAUCGGUGAACAAAUAGCGUAUCAUUACGCCCGCUUCGGAGCCCGAGUUGUUAUUACAGCAAGAAGGGAGAAAGUCUUACAGCAGGUGGCAGAGAACUGCACAAGAUUGGGAGCCCAAGAAGCGCUUUACAUAGCUGCCGACAUGAGCAGCGAGCAAGAUCCUGAAAAAGUGGUGGAGUUUGUGCUGGAAAAGCUUGGAGGGUUGGAUUAUCUGGUUCUCAACCACAUCGGCACGAGCCACUUCAGAAUGUGGGAUGGAGAUGUGGAAUACUUCGAGUGGCUGAUGAAGGUCAAUUUAUUCAGCUAUGUUCAGAUGGCUUCGAAGGCUAUGGACGCUCUUGAGCAAAGUAAAGGAUCACUGGUGGUCAUUUCAUCACUUUUGGGCAAAGUGGCAAGUCCCUUUAUGGCACCAUAUUCAUCAACAAAAUCAGCCUUGAAUGGUUUCUUUAGGGCGCUCCACCAUGAGCUGUCACUGAAGAAGAGCAACGUGUCCGUCACUAUAUGCACUCUUGGGUUCAUCGAUACUGAUGCCGCCAUGGACAAAGUCGGGAAACUCACUGAUGUGCCGGCGGCCUCUGCCACAGAUGCAGCCUUGAACAUUGUCAUUUCAGGAGCUCUGAGAGAGGAAGAGCUCUUUUACCCUUGGAGCACCUACCUUGUGACUCUCACCAAAGACUGGUACCCUCCUAUCACGAACCAUAUCAUGCAGAGCAUAUUCAAGUAUGAACCAUGACAAAAAUAUGAACCUCAAUAUUUUUGUAAUAUAGUGUAUUAGGGUCAUUUUAGAUUUUUAAAAAUGACAAAAUAUGAGCUGGGAUAUUCUUUAUUCCCACCAUUGCCUUGUUAAUUUGACUUAAUUUUAAGAUAAUAUCUUUUUAUAUUUGUUUUACAUAUUCCCUAUUAUAAUCUCAGGGAAUAUAAACACUGCUGAAAAAAAAACCUUGAUCCUCACAUUACAACACCUAGUCAGUUAAACUUCAGGGAUAUCAGUCUGUCCAUUAAGGAACCACUAGUGAUUGUGAAUCAGUUUCACUGCUCUGGUGCAAAUGGAAGUGACAACAGGCGCAAUGGAGAAGCAAAAGCAAAAUAACCCCCAAAACAGAUUUUACAUGUUGUGGCCACAGACACUUGUUUUCUCCUUCCCCUUCCUGAAUGAGUCUUCGCUAGUUUUGUGUUCUGCUGGUGUCCUUGUCACUGCUGGUAGCAUGAGGCGGUAUCUGCAGCCCGAUUAGGUUGCACAGGUAGUCCUGCUCCUCCAGGACGGCACGUCUAUACGUGCCGUCACAAGGUUUGCUGUGUCUCCCAGCACAGUCUCAAAAGCUGGUAGGAGUCACCAGGGGAUUGUUGUUGAGGAGAACUGGAUAGGGCCGUAAAAGGGCAUCAACCCAGCAGCAGGACCGGUAACUACAAAAUUACCUCCAGAAGACCAAACCGUCAGAAACAGACUCCAUGAGGUUGCAUGAGGGCCCUGCAGCCUCUAGUGGGACCUGUGCUCACAGCCCUGCAGCGUGCAGCUCGAUUGGUAUUCGCCAGAGAACACUAUAGGGUUAGGUCCACCAUUGGCGCCCCUUCUCUUCCCAUAUGAGAGCAGGUUCACGCUGAGCACAAGUGAAACGCAUGAAAGAGUCUGGAGGCGCUGUGGUGAACGUUAUGCUGCCUGUAACAUCAUCCAGCAUGACCGGUUGGGCGUUGGUUUAGUGAUGGUCUGGUGAGGCAUAUCCUUUGAGGGUCGCACAGACUAUACUAUAGGCGACCUAAAUCCAAUUGAGAACCCAUCAAGUACCGCCACACACUGUCCAGGAGCUCACUGACGUUGUGAUCCAGGUCUGGGAGGAGAUCCCUCAGGAUACCAUCCGUAGACUCAUCAGGAGCAUGCCCAGAUGUAGUCAGGAGGCAAUACACACUACUGAGUCACCGUAUGAGUUACUGUGAUGAAAUUCAUGCAAGUUGGAUCAACCUGUAAUAUCCAUUUUUUGCUUACAUUUUCUAUACGGUCUUGAGUCCAGCCCUUAGUGGCUUCAUGAUUUUGGUUUCCAUGGACCGUUGUUACGUAAUUUUUCUCCUCAAUGUACAUCAGUAAAGAUGUUGAACUUGAAUAAUUCAUUAGUCAAGAUCUGAUGUGUGAUUUAAGUGUUCCCUUCAUUUUUUUGAGCAGUGUAGAUUUUCUGUAAAUUUGUGAGCUUCUUUAAUGUUUCAAAAAUAUUACUCCCCCCUCAGCUCUUUUUUUUAUACCAUAAAAUGGCCCUAAAGGACUGAUUUUGACAUAAUAUGUAUAAUGUAGUGAUAUAUUUUUGACAUGAGCAUGGGCACGUCUUCCUAUGACUGCUGUCGUCCACUUCCCAAAUGUAUCCAUUAUGUUGUGGUUGACCCAAAUUCUUUAUCUUUAACAAUUGAAAAAAAAAAAAUCCUCACAGCUGAACUGAUGAAGUUAAUUUGUAUACAAAGCAUUUUGUAGACAGAUAGCAUCACAUUGCUUUGUUUUGGUGGCAUCUGUCAUUGCAGCCUCAUGUACUCUGAGAUAAACUCCAAACCAGUGUUAUUUAAAAGACUAUUUUUCGUAGCAGCCCUUGCUUGUACCAAAUCAUGUAUUAAAAAAAGUUUAAACUAUCUGACACACUUAAAAGUAAUAUGUAUGCAAUCAAUACUAUAAGUGUUGAGGAAGAGAAUGCGUAGUACUUUAUAUGUCCACAUGAGGGCAGUAGUACUUAAGUCAUGAACAGAGAUUACCUCCUGAAGUCCAUACCCUGUUGAGUGAAAUAAAUCAUCUUAAAGGAAGACCAUCAUGGACAUUUAUUUGUUCCGAAAUAAUAAAGAAUGGUGCUUGAAAGAAUGUCUUCAGAUUUAUUUAUUAACUUUGACUUAACUCUCAUCAACAUAUCAAUCCUCACCCACCCUGUUCCUCCUCUUAAUGUAUCCAUUAUGUUGUGGUUGACCCAAAUUCUUUAUCUUUAACAAUUGAAAAAAAAAAAAUCCUCACAGCUGAACUGAUGAAGUUAAUUUGUAUACAAAGCAUUUUGUAGACAGAUAGCAUCACAUUGCUUUGUUUUGGUGGCAUCUGUCAUUGCAGCCUCAUGUACUCUGAGAUAAACUCCAAACCAGUGUUAUUUAAAAGACUAUUUUUCGUAGCAGCCCUUGCUUGUACCAAAUCAUGUAUUAAAAAAAGUUUAAACUAUCUGACACACUUAAAAGUAAUAUGUAUGCAAUCAAUACUAUAAGUGUUGAGGAAGAGAAUGCGUAGUACUUUAUAUGUCCACAUGAGGGCAGUAGUACUUAAGUCAUGAACAGAGAUUACCUCCUGAAGUCCAUACCCUGUUGAGUGAAAUAAAUCAUCUUAAAGGAA